UUGAGUUUGGAAGUCGCGCAACAUUCCCCGCAUCCUGCCUGCCACCUUUGUUGUGCGACAGUUAUGUUUCUUUCUUUGUGAAUAUGUGAUUUUUAAACCAUUGAUCAUUUAUUUACAUCGUCCAUUCGGUUGCGUGUCUUCGAGGCUUUAGAAACUCCUCUGAAGUUUCUAUGGAAACGCGCUAACGGCGGCGAGCUAGCCAACGUUACAGACGCUAACUGUAGCUAGCAGCUAGCGGCGCUGUUUUGUUUUUUGUUGCAUUAGAAAAUAAAAAAAAAAACACUUCCAGAAAAAUGACAUCGGCGUCCGCUAAGGUCGGGGAGAUCUUCUCAGCCGCCGGAGCCGCUUUCACCAAGCUGGGAGAGCUGACCAUGCAGCUGCACCCGGUGUCGGAUUCAAGCCCGGCAGGAGCCAAGUGGACGGAGACGGAGAUUGAGAUGCUGCGUUUGGCGGUUCGCCGCUUCGGAGACGACCUCAACAACAUCAGCACUGUGAUCAAAGAGCGCACCGUAGCUCAGAUCAAGACCACGGUGAAGAGGAAACUGUACGAGGACAGCAGAGUCCCCAUCUCUGAGUCCCCGAAGAAGACCAUCAAAAAGACAGCCGUCUCCAUGACACCGGCUCCUGCUGCUCCUGCCAUGAUCACGGCCCCCACCACACAGGUUGUUGUGGCGACAGGGAUGCAGAACAGCCCCUCCCUGGCGCCGCCCAUCAAGAAACAGAAGACGGCAGAUGUGACGCUGAGCGCUCUGAACGACUCGGACGUGAACAGCGACCUGGUAGACAUCGAGGGACUGGGGGACGGUUCGUCCAACAAGAAGCUCAACUUUGACCAAGAGAGCCUGAACCUGGAUUCAAGCCUCAUCAUGAACUCCAGCGACCUGCCCCUGCUGUCCCGCUGACCGCUCUGGAGAAGCUCCUCCCCCCCUCCGCCGACAAACAUGCUUUUAUUUUGAAAGAAGACGCUCCGGCUGUUGCUUUGAUUUCACACUGAUGGAACUGAAACUAAAGCUCUUUUACUUUUUUUUUGUUUGUUUUUUAGAAAACUCGACCGACCAACAUGAGGGAAUUAUUUCUCAGAUUUGAGCAGAAUUAUGGUCUCAUCAGUGACUUUUAGUUUUUGGAAACGCUUUUGUCAUGAAGAAAAAUGUGGAUCUACGUGAAAAGAUAAUGAUGUUGAGCUGAAAUCGGAUGAUAAAGAAACUCCUCAUAUUA